AUGCCUCCUACAAAUGCGUGUGAUGAUGCCUCUCCACAUUCAACUGACGAUCAGCAACUGUCUCCGAGUGUAUCGGAUUCCAUUCGCAUCGAGUCUAUGAGUCGUAUCGAUCAUGGCCAGCCGACGCUGGCUGGUGCUUUUGGAACCCCGCCUACUCCCAGAAAGCCAGUGGCCUCCCUCACUUCGAGUAUUUUGAAGACACCACAAUCCUCUAGCUUGUUCAAAUUUUCCGUACCAGGAAGACCACGAUCCGUUCAAGUCGGCGAGAUACCACCAGCGACGCGUCCAAGUAACCAUACCCUCUUAAGAUCAGCGCCGCCCAAGCAGAAUGAGUCGAGGGGAUAUUUCUAUGGCCUCGGAUUUCUGAUGAGUCCAAGCGGAAUCUCUCCUGCCUCGCGUAUCGGCAUGGCUGAUACGUUGAAUCGGCGUCCUGUUCUCCUUUCUGGAGACGAAAAGAGCGACUCUCACGGAGAAAUUGAGGAGCACAAAAUGCGGAACGCUGAGGGCGAUAUAAGUGCCGCGCAGGACGGUGACGAGAAUCAGUUUACACUGGGGACGCCAAUAUACACUUUGGGUCUCGCCGUACAGACACCGAAACGCUCGAGAAAGUCUGAAGGGAACGCUACAAGGAGUUCUCCCUCGUAUAGUGCAGCGAAAGUUCCGACCCGAAAGCGAAAGAGAUAUACGACGAGCGGACUAGAGACACCAACACCUCGCUCAAAGUAUGCCAGGAUUGACCCAGACAGGCUGGUGGCAUCUCCUCUCGAGAUAUCUCUUCUGGGUCGGACUCAGCCAUCCAAUUCGAAUCGCAAGUUUAUGUAG